AGUUUCCGUAGGAAUGCGUAUCACGUGAGUUCGAGAAAAGUCAGGAAGCAGACAAUCACAAACAAUUUCUUGCACCAAUAUCAAAUGUAUUAACUGCAAGUUAACUCGAUUUAGGCUUUUGUUAUCAUGGAGUCGACCCUCGAGCAACAUCUUGAUGAUACCAUGAAGAGUCCAGCCAUUGUCGGAGUUCUCUGCACGGACCAACAGGGACAUAUUCUAGGCUGUCGUGGCUCUCUGUCUGAUGAGCAUGGUGGAGUGGUGUCUGUACUGGCCAGACAGGCAGCCUCUCUCACCAGAGACCCUACAGACAGCCCCACAGUGUGUCUGGAGUCAGAUUCAGGGCCAUAUUGUUUUUUUCCCCCCACAGGAAUAUUCUAGUGAGAGCACAUGGAACCAUCACAGUAGCUGUUCAUAAGAUGUCGUCAUGAAGUCGCCUGAUGAAGAUGGAGGAGUCUGUUUCUGUUUGUAAAGCUGUUUGUUUACUAAUGCUAAAUAAUCCCACACAAUACUGCCCUACCAAGCAAAAAAGGGCAGUAACUGCUUGGAACUGAGAAAAAUUGCUUUUAUUUACCUUGGUUUAGC